UAUAUAAAUCACUUUAGCUAAGGUUAGUAUGUCUUUAUUCUCUGAGAUGAAGACUUUAUAGAAUUUAUUAAGGUCUAUACAGAUUAUUAAUUAUAGAGGCAGCUAGUUAUAUAGCUAACAUAAUUAAAGUUAGGUUUUUGGAGAGAGUUUUUUGAUAUAUAGUACAGGAGAAGCAGCAGCAUCGUUAGCAAUAACAAUAUUAUCCUUCUAGCUUUCCUAUAUAGCCUCUUCGCUUCUCUCUCCAUUUUUUGGGCCAUGGUGUACUCUCUCCAUCCAAUUAUAACACAACAAACCUAAGGCUAAAUCCACACCCUUUAUUUUACUCUCAGUGAUCUUUUAAUUAUUACAAUACAUAAUUCGUUGAAAUUGGCAAAUUGCAUCCUAUAGCGCUGCCAUGAGAAGAAAGUUUAUGCAGAAAUAAUGAUCCCAAAUUCAAGAGGAAAAUCAGGUUUCCCAGCAGCCAAGCAAGAAGCUGCAGGGGACGGUGGUGAGGAUGAAAGCGGCGUCGGCGGGGGCGGGCGCAGGAGCGGCAGUGAGAGGCUAUUUAAGAUACCGACAAGCAGUAGUACUAGCUCGAGACAGUGGUCAUCGGCAGGGUUCCGCAACCCAAGAAUUGUGCGAGUUUCACGCACCUUUGGCGGGAAAGACAGACACAGCAAGGUAUGCACGGUAAGGGGUUUGAGGGACAGGAGGAUUCGGCUUUCGGUCCCAACAGCCGUUCAGUUAUACGAUCUGCAAGACAGAUUGGGGUUAAGCCAGCCUAGUAAGGUAAUAGAUUGGCUAAUUGAAGCCACUAAGAACGACAUUGACAAACUCCCUCCACUCCAAAUCCCUCAAGGUUCACUACUUCUAAGCCAAUUUCAUCACCAUCAUAAUCAUCAUGAAACGACAACAACAGCAAAUCAUCCAGCUAUGAUGUUUGAAAACAAAGAUCGGCAUCAUCAUGACCAAGAUGGGGGGAUCACCCAACUCUUUGCUCAGAAGUUCUUUCCCUUAUCAUCAAGUAGUAACAAUCUUAGUCUUAAUUCUACUACUCAUCCUUUACAGAACGGAACUAUGUCCUUUGAACCUUCCAAUAGUAACAACAACAAUCUAUUAUCACUUUCUCAUCCUUUUGGAAGUAUCAACAGUAGCCAAGGGUUUUCGUUACCCCAAAUGGAUAGUAGUAGUAAUACUACUGGGUCUCACUUAUUUUUCUGCUCUCCUCCAAAUAUUUCAAACCCUUAUAUCUUUAAUCCAUAUCCUCCACCAAUAUAUAAUAGUGCUUCUAGUGGAAUCCCAGUUCAAGAUUUUCAUCACCAAUAUCAUACUACUACUUCUUAUUAUAACUCUCUCAUGCCUUCACUACUUCACAAUAGUACUAGUACUAGUAGUAGUACUGCUACUAAUAAUAAUAUUAAUAAUUUAUCUUUCAGACCAUCAUUUCAUCCGGCCAUGUUUAACCCUAAACUUCCUUCCCAAAGUGCUCUAUUCCAAAAUCGACCAGAUGAAAAGGAGGAUCGUAUGUAGCUUGAUUUAGCAAAUUACAUAAAUAAUCGUAAAUAUAGAGAUGUACAGUGGGAAUGCAUAAACUAUAUAUGUAUGUAUGUGUAUCUUCGCAUCUCAUUUAUGAUCAUGAUCAAUAUUGUAUAUGUGCAAAUCAAGGGGGGUGUUUCCUACUUCAGUUAUACGUCCGUACGUAUCUUCGAACUGUUCUUCAGUCUGUACAAGUAAGGCAUAUAUAUAUAUACAUACAUAAAUAUUGGGAUAUUUAUAGUUCUUCAAAUUUUAAUAUGCUUUUAAUUAAAUUGUAAUUUUCUUCAUACGAUGGAUUAUUUGCGAGAUAAUUAAUGUUUGUUGUGAGCAUAUGAUCACAAUUUCAUAAUUAUAUACAAAUUUUAUAUG